AAUCUGCCUCCGCUUCCACCGAUCAAGGAGUACCAUCUCGAGUUCGCAACUUUCCGCCACAUCUCUUUGAAUCAGGGUGGAGUCCCCGGUGUCAGCGUCGGCAAGGAAGAGAUGUCGUAUGAAAGACUGGAGUUCCUCGGGGAUGCCUAUAUCGAGACCAUGGCCUCCCGUGUCAUAUACAGCCGCUACCCCCACCUCCUGUCCGGCCAGCAUUCCCAGAUGCGCGAGCUGAUGGUGAAGAACGAGACGCUGGCCGGUUACUCGCGCGCCUAUGGUUUUGACCAGCGCAUUAUGAGAGCAGAGAUCAUGCGAGGCGAGAAGACCUGGCUCAAGAUCCACGCCGAUGUGUUCGAGGCUUACGUCGCCGCAAUCGUCGAGGCGGACCCCGAGAACGGCUUCAGUAUCGCACAGGAGUGGCUGACGGCGUUGUGGGCACCGCUGCUGUUGAAGGCUGGCAAACCGAUGGAUCUGAGCAUAGCCGACUCAAAAAAUGAGCUGAUGAAGCUCAUUCUUUACAAGAAUGUCAAACUUGAAUACAAGAUGAUCGGAGAGAUGGAGAGAAUCAAAGGUAUUCAGAAGUACACCAUGGGCGUCUACCUCACCGGAUGGGGAUUUGAGAACGAGCUGCUUGGGACUGGAGUUGGCCAGAACAAGACGGAAGCCGGGUUCGCAGCGGCUGCCGAUGCGAUCAAGAAUAACAAGACCGCUCUCCCGAAGGCUGUAGAGAGGAAGAAG